AUGGACAACUCACACGUUGCGCUCGUCUCCAUGAUGCUCAAGUCCGAGAGCUUCUCACCCUUCCGCUGCGAUCGGAACAUCGCCCUGGGCAUCAACCUCACUUCCCUCACGAAGGUGCUUCGGUGCGCGCAGAACGAGGAUAUCCUGACGCUGAAGGCGGAAGAUGCGCCGGAUGUGGUCAACCUGGUGUUUGAAAGCUCCGAGAGCGACCGGCUGAGCGAGUACGAUAUCAAGCUCAUGGACAUUGAUCAGGAGCAUCUGGGUAUUCCGGAGACGGAGUAUGCCGCUGUUAUCAAGAUGCCUUCUGCAGAGUUUCAGAGGAUAUGCAGGGACCUGAUGGCUCUCUCAGAGUCUGUUGCCAUCGAGUGCACGAAGGAAGGCGUCAAGUUUGCCUGCCAGGGCGACAUCGGCUCGGGUUCAGUCACGCUACGAAGUCACACCAAUGUCGACAAGCCGGACCUCAAUGUCGAGAUAGACCUCACCGAGCCAGUCGCAUUGACGUUCUCGCUCAAAUACCUGGUCAACUUUUGCAAGGCUAGCGGCUUGUCCGGCCAAGUUAGGCUUUGCCUCUCCAACGAGGUGCCACUGCUUGUGGAGUACGGGUUGGCGAACAAUAGCUACUUGCGGUUCUAUCUGGCUCCAAAGAUUGGGGAUGAAGAAUGA